AUGUCAUCCUCGAAGGACAACUUUUCAAUUUUCCUCAACGCUGGCAAUGCUGAGCCUCGCGUCAACAUCAACACCACGACUACGCCAAGCGCUAGCGACGGCUCGAAGCCGGACGCUCCUGCGGCUUCCAACGAGGGACCUGCCUCUACGUCUCCCGCAGCCGAGAACCCUUCCACCGCCUCCAUGCGCGCAUGGACCAAGGCUGACUUCUACCGACUGAUCAAGAUCAUGUUCGUCAAACUUCAGGAGGCGAUCAAGGAGAUCAACGACAGCUAUGAUCCCGGCAAUGUUGGCACGAAGACGGCGGAUGCCGCAGCUCAGCCUGCCGCCACGUCUGUGGCUGCCAAAACUCCUUCAGCCGUCGACCGCGACGCCGAGAUCCGCCGUCUCGCUUUCACGCUGAUCCACAGCAUCGGCCACAACGUCAAGCACAACUACGAGAUGUGGGACGCUGACGGUCCUUCGAAGGAUACGGCACGAAGCCUGUUUGACUCCAUCGAGACUUUCCGCGAUGAAGGCGAGCCUUUGCGCAAGCUGAUCCUCGAGGUCGAGCCAAGCCUUGAGCAAGUUGGUGAGAAGCUCGAUCGCACUUGCGAGGACUGCCUCGAGGCUAAAGAGCAGGCAUCGAGCCAGGAGGACUCGACCCAGUAA